GGGGGAAUCCCCACAUACCUCGUCCCCAGCCAUUCGGGCUAAAGGAAGACAGUUUCCACCAGACGCUAUCUUUGUUGUUGUUUUCGUGUUGUUUUGCUGGAUUUGAAGAAGCAAGAUUAAGACCAAGAUUUGACCAGAUUCUAAGUCAUGGAAAUGCAAGGCUACUCUACGGCAGUGGCGACAGGCGAUGAAGACCAAGGUGACUUGGACUUGGACGUCACCCCCGACUCAUCCAGUGCUGGGGUGAGGGAAUGGCUGAAUCGGCUGCCCCAUCUUUUCAUGGCUCGACAGAUUCUUCUUACCCUGGGAGUGGUGGGGAGAUACCAGUACAUCGCAACAAACGCCUCGGCUAAGGAAGCAAGCGUCCUUGUAAAGACCCAGGAUGGUUUAUUCAAUGUGUUGAAGUCUAUUGACGCGACCAGUUUGAUGUUGCAGAGUUUCCAGAGCGGCGCCAACAGUAUUUUGGAGAAGCUGAAAGUGGCCUAUUCGUACUUGCUUGAUGGUUUCCCUGACUUUGCAAAGACUGAUAUCGACGCGAUAGCUAAGGAUGUUCAAACCAUGAAGGAGAGCACAGAAAAGGCUCUGGGGGUUGUGAAGAAGACAGCGACCAGUAUCGAAGAGGCACACAGGCUGGUGUCGGCAAAGAAUGGCCGCGAGGGACAGUUGGCUACCAUACAGCAGUCGGUAGACCAGUUGAAUGACCAGUACCGGAGGCUCAAUGAGGGAACGAUGGGUGGUUUAGACGGGAAGGCGACCAUAGACCUAAAGAACAGUUGGCAGGUGACAAGUCCAACCUUCAUCGUGUUCCUGAAGAUCAACACCAUCGGUUUUCUCAAGGAUCCAGUCUGCCUCUUGAUAACAGUCGCCAUCCUCAUAUCGUUUUAUGUGUGCGCCUGUCAUUCCUACAAUGCCAUCGGUGGCUGGGUGACUAUGAUUGUUGGGAUGACCCUCUUCCUGCUCAGAUUUGCCCUGUGGAAGUUGGUGCAGCCAAAACGCGUCGACUACAAGCCAGUCAUCCCGCUCAUUCUCAUAGGACUAAUUGUCAUUCUUUUCCCAUGUCAGCUCCUCCUGCCAUGUGAAUCCAAGUGCUUCGUGGUCGUCAUACUCGCCCCUCCACCGACCAUCUUAAUGUUAUUCUUAUGGUAUAACUUAGCCCCUGAACAUUGGUUCUUCAAGGUCGAAGACUUGAAAAACAAGUCAAUAAUCAGCUAUAACUCUGUCAGUACCAAAGGGAGCACGGAAUCCCUGCAGGAGCAACGCCAGCGCAUCAAAGAUGAGUUGUUAGACAAGUCUGGGGAGAAGCUGAGAAUUGAAGCUAGCUUUGGUGAUACAGACCUGACCAAGUGCUUCAUCGGCAAGGCUCUGAGCGACCUGAAGUCUGUCACAGGGAUCAUGCAGCAGUGUACCGUAGUCAUAGAGAAAUGGUAUAAGGAGUGUAAGGACAUCAUUGAACCGAGUAUGAACAGGACGAUCCAGAGGGCACAGGAGGUACCCGAGGGGGAGUUGAAAGAUUACUGGAACUCCAUGGCUUUUAAGAAAGAGGUGGUUGACUACUACUGCAGAUGGAGGGCGCUUCAAGUCUACUGUGAGACACUUCGCUCGGAAUGCCGAGAGAAACGUGCCACGGUCGAAUCACACUAUAUUGAAAACCUAUAUCCGAGGGAUGCAGUCAAAAGGGCGUGGGAGCUAGCAGAUGAGGAAGUAGCUGACACCGAGGUGGCCGAGCUGGUCAGACGGCAGAAGGAGGGUAUGAAUGGCCAUGACCUCAAUAAGCUUGUGAACAACAGGAGUAAAGAACUGAUACUGAACAUGCCUUGAUAGCCUUUGACCGAGACUUUAGUGUAAAUUCGGAUUAUCGGCAAUCAUAACAUGGUGAUAAAAUAUUCUUUGCACAACAGUGCCAAUGUGCUAAUUAUAUAGCAGAGACACCUGUCGCGUCAUCUAGUAACUUAAUCUCACCCUCCUGAAGCACCGUUUCCUUUGCAGACAUGAGCACAAAAUGCUACAUUAGAGCAGUCUUUCAAUAUUGAAAGACUCUGAUUUGACCAAUGCACUCCUCCAAUCACUCAUAUUGGAUGAAUGCAGCGGCCCCGGCCUGGCCCAUUUGUGAGCUUUAUACCACUCUGGCAUUCAGGGGACCCAGCAUCGAUUGUGUGGAUGCAACGACUGUAAGAUGUUGUUGGGUUUGUUUCAUAAUCGUAGAGUAUCGCUUAUCGUAAUCGUUAUAUGGUUUUUUUGCACAAUACUUAUCUUCUGUACUUCUCAUGGCUCAAUACUAUGCAUAUGUAUAAACUGCUGCUGGGCAUUCAAUAAAACUAGGUUUGAAUACACGCA